AACUACUACUACUUCACAGAGUUAAGCGCUGAGUUUGUGAGAGGCAAUGUCAAGCGGAGAAGUAUUGGUUAGUGAAGCAGACGGGAACGGCGGAAUAAUGGCUCAACAGAAGAACCUGGAGGGCUACGUGGGUUUUGCAAAUCUUCCCAACCAAGUUUACAGAAAAUCUGUGAAGAGAGGUUUCGAGUUCACGCUUAUGGUUGUGGGGGAAUCUGGGCUGGGGAAGUCGACGCUGAUCAACUCACUCUUUCUGACAGACCUGUACUCCACUGAAUUCCCGGGUCCUUCGCAUAGAAUUAAAAAAACCGUACAGGUGGAACAGUCAAAGGUCCUGAUAAAGGAAGGAGGAGUGCAGCUGCUGCUCACCAUUGUUGACACCCCAGGCUUUGGUGAUGCAGUUGACAACAGUAACUGCUGGCAGCCUGUCAUCGAUUACAUCGACAAUAAGUUUGAGGAUUACCUCAACGCAGAGUCGCGGGUAAACAGACGGCAGAUGCCAGACAACAGAGUGCAGUGCUGCCUGUAUUUCAUCGCUCCAUCUGGACACGGACUGAAGCCCCUCGAUAUUGAAUUUAUGAAACGGUUACAUGAAAAAGUAAACAUCAUCCCCCUCAUCGCCAAAGCCGACACAAUGACUCCUGAGGAGUGUCAACAGUUUAAGAAGCAGAUCAUGAAAGAAAUCCAGGAGCACAAAAUCAAAAUCUACGAGUUCCCAGAGACAGAUGAUGAGGAGGAGAUGAAAAUGGUCCGUAAAAUUAAGGAUCGUUUACCCUUGGCUGUGGUCGGUAGUAACACCAUUAUCGAGGUCAAUGGAAAGCGAGUGCGCGGGAGGCAGUACCCCUGGGGUGUUGCUGAAGUGGAAAACGGAGAGCACUGUGACUUUACAAUCCUCCGGAACAUGCUCAUCAGGACCCACAUGCAGGACCUGAAAGAUGUGACAAACAAUGUCCACUACGAGAACUACCGCAGCAGGAAACUUGCUGCGGUCACCUACAACGGUGUGGACAACAACAAGAGCAAGGGACAGCUAACCAAACCUGAGACGGAUGAUGGCAUGAGUCCUCUAGCCCAGAUGGAAGAGGAACGACGGGACCACGUGUCCAAGAUGAAGAAGAUGGAACAGGAAAUGGAGCAAGUGUUUGAGAUGAAGGUCAAAGAGAAGCUCCAGAAGCUCAGAGACUCUGAGGCCGAGCUCCAGCGGCGUCACGAGCAAAUGAAAAAGAACCUGGAGGCCCAACACAGAGAACUGGAAGAGAAACGUCGCCAACACGAGGAGGAGAAGGCCAGCUGGGAGGCCCAGCAGAGGAUUCUGGAACAGCAGAAACUAGACGCCUCCAGAACCUUGGAAAAGAACAAAAAGAAGAAGAUAUUUUAAUUACUCUGGAGGACCCUCCUGAUGUUACAGUGUAUUAUUUCUUUUGCCAACCUGCCAGCCUUGAUUGUCAACAUCAUUCGCUGUUUGACCAUAUUACUGUGUAAUAAUCAAGUGAAAGCCAGGGGGCAGUAUUGUUCCUCAAAUAAUUGUUAUUAUCUCGGUUUAGAUUCAGUGUGAAGUCCUGUUUUAGGUAACUGCUCAAAAAACAAGAAUAUUCACACUGAAAACACAACUGGUGUUCUUCCUUCAUGACAAACAGGAGGCAGAGUUCAGUCUUUCUUUCCUCUUUUCUUCUUCUACUUUGGGAAUGUUGGAUGCUGCACUGCUCUGUGCUGCAUCCUUUUAAUGCCAAAAAACAAACAAAGAGGUUGGCCUUUCACUUCCUGCACAUUUGCAGACAGCGUCAGGCUGAAGCUCACCUCAGGCACUGUUUUUUAUAUAUAUAUAUACGUAUAUUUCGGUUCACUUAUUUAGGUAUCGCAUUUAAUUUCCUCCCAAGUGGUAUGCUCUUCCAUCUCCUGCAAUGUAAAUUCUUAAUUGUAUAACCAUGAACUGCAGUGUUUAACUUCAACCAUUUGUAACAUUUUCUUGUUCUUUUGCUAAUUUCUUUUUGUUUUUCCAUUUUGCAUUGGCCCUGGUAAAGAAAUUCUGUUUCCAGUAUCACAGCCGGUACUUUUCCAGCCUUGCUCUCGGAAACAAAAAAAGUUUCCUGUAACAGGGUCAAGAAACUGCUUUUGAAGGGCUUUUACUUCUUUGAACUUCUUUUGCAGAUUCUAUUUAAAAACAUUUUCCAACGGCGUCAAAUCUUUCCAGGGGCCAGAUGUGGAAAGCCUGUGUUGGAUGUUGGUGGAUGGGAAAGCUGGAGCUGAGAUGCUUCAGCCAGUGGUCAACUCAGUAACUUUACCAAGAUGGCUUUCUUUGCAUCACAUUUAGCACUGUUUGCGUACUGCAUCUGUAUUUUGUAAUGUUCAGUUUUUACUGUAAAAAGUCACAUAAUAAAAUUAUGAUGGGACAAAAAACA